AUGCGCUUCCGCCGUGAACAGGGCGUGAACAUGUUCAAGUUCGACGGCGUCGCGGGCAAUCCCACCGAGCUGGCCAUGGAGAUGGAAGCGAUGCUGCGGACCCUGGCGCAGCUGCGGAACCAGAAGUCCCAGAAGGAUGAUGAGGAAGAUGUUUGGAUCAAUCUGACGACCGGCACUUGGCCCUCGCCCUUCUUCCUCUUCUGGGCGGAUAGCAUCUGGCGUGGAGGCCCUGACAUUGCUACAAGGCCCAAAGAUUGGUAUGGCCCUCUCAAGAUCUCCGACAGGUUGGCGAUCCUGGAGAAGCGCUUCGUGCCACCUCCGCUGGAUGCCAUCGGCUUGGAUGGUUUAACGGGCCGGCAGCGGUGGAUCCGCUGGCGGGCCAUGGUGGUCUAUAUCUUAGUGGUGAAGCGCUCCACCUUCUUUCCCCUCUCCCAGCUCAUGAUCCACGGCGUCAUCGUCGCCUCGCACGGCGACGCCCUCCACUGGGGCCUCAGCCGCUACGACCGUGUGGACUUCACGCAAGAGGUUUGGUCCUUUGUGGCCAUGGGACUUCAAUUGCAGGAGCUCUACGUGGCACCGCGGCACAUGACCCCAGAAGCUUGGGAUAUCUUGGCCGAAGCCUUGAGGUGGUCGAGGCAGCAUGCGGCCAUCUUGAGAGAUAGCCAUUGGGCCUUCGGGGAUGUCUCCAGAUACGAGGUCUACUGUAUUGCCUCUUGGGACGUCCAGGAGGCUAAGGGCUUCUUGCUCUUCCAUAACCCACAAGGCCUUUCCAGUCAAAGUGCACCCUUCAGUUUGGAUGAGGUGCUGGAGCUCCCGAAGGCGCAAGGACAGCAGAUCUACCAGGUCUCGCUGGUGAAGACGGCCUUCCGCCCCAGUGAAGAAGCGCCGUCUUCGCCACGACUCCCCGGCUGGAAUUGCACUGCGAGCUUCCAAAGCGAUGACUCUUCAAGCUGCAGGCUUCGAUCAUCGAAGAUGGUGAAGAUCACCCUGCAGCCCACUGAGGCCCGAGCGGAGAAGUCCUGGUGCUGUCUGUCGGUGCCUGAAGCCUCUCCGGCCGCGGACGGACUGGCGUCGCAGCCAAGCGGCCUCGGACUGGCGGCGCCUGGAGCGGCCAAGCGCCGGGAGUUUGAAGCGUUCCCGCGUUCCCGGCGGCCGCGGACAGGCCGACUCGCGACAGUCACUGCGACUCGUCGGCCCGAGCGCAGCAGCUUCACGCGCCGUCCGUCGGGCGGGCCGCCGGGCACGUGGAAGAACACGGACGGCGGGCCGCGAGUGACCGCCGAUCUGGGCUUGGAACUCGCGGGAGGUUUGGAAGAUUGGCUGGUGGGCCCCGCCACCUCGGUAGUCCGCUUGGAAGUGCGCAUGGAAGGCCUGGAGUCUUUGCCACAGCUCUCGUGCUUGACCCAACUUCGGGCCUUAGUCUUAAGUGGAAACAAGAUCCAUGGAAGCCUGGAAGCUCUCGAACAUUGUCCACACUUGGAGGAGCUGGAUCUCUGCCAGAACAGCCUGACCUCGCUGGACGGGUUGCGGUACUUGAAGUACUUGUCAGUGCUCAAGGCCACCAUGAACGAGAUCUCAGAUGCUGAGGACUUGGCGCAGCUGCCGAAUCUCCGCGUCGUGGACCUGAGCAAGAAUCGGCUCACUGCGGUGCCCUUGACGGCACCAGUCCUCGCAAAGCUGAUCCUCUAUCGAAAUCUGCUGGAUUCCACGGGCUUCUUGCGGGCAUUGCCGAGCCUCAUCCAAUUGGAUUUGGGCCGCAACAAGCUGACCGAGCUGGAUCAAAUCUCAGAGUGGAAUCCGUUGCUCACGAAGAUCUUUCUGUACGAGAACCGCUUGGCCUCGCUUCCGGAGCUUCAUUUACCUUUACUCACCGAUCUCUGG